AUGACAGCGUCUUUUGAGAAUUACAGCUCCUUGGAGGGCCUGCGUGAUAAAGAUUGCGAUGUGUGGUGUUUGGACAAUAAACAGCUUUUCACCACAGAUUGGGCAGAGGAGGAAGGAGACUUCCAUACUGUGUCACCUCAGUUGGAGUUAGAAGAGGCCUUUAAGCUUUCUGGGCUAAAAAACUCAUGUUCUCAAAACGAACUCUUAAUUCAUCCAUCACCUUGUAUACCAGAACAUCCUAAAGUUCCUUGUCCAGAAGAAAAGAAAUCCAUCCUCCACAGAGCUGCCGGGCGCUGGAGAAAGCUGCUUUGUGCAAAUGGCCAUGCUUCUCAAGCCAGUGGCUUCAGCAGGAGAACUCACUGCGCUGUCUGCACAGAGCAUGUAGGGGGCCUUGGCCUCCAGGCAUAUAAGUGCGCCAGCUGUAAACUUUCAGUUCACAAGAAGUGCCACGAAUUUGUCACAAUUGAAUGUGGGCAGCAUUCUUUACCUUCAGAGCCCAUGGUGCCGGUGGAUCCAUCAUCUGUGGCUUCAGACCCUGCACAGACAGCAAUCCCAUGUGAUCUUUCAAGUCACAAGGCUUUAGGACAAAUUGAUGAAGAGAAUGAGGCAGGGAACGCCAGGGAAAAUGGCAAGGCUUCACCUAGAUUAAGUCUUCAGGACUUUGAUAUGCUCCGUGUGAUAGGGAGAGGAAGUUAUGGGAAAGUACUGCAAGUUCAACUGAAAAAAUCAGAUCGUAUGCACUCGAUGAAAACAGUGAAAAAAGAGCUUGUCAACACUGAUCGGAUAGGGACAGAGAAGCACAUUUUACAGCAGAUUUCCAAUCACCCUUUUCUUGUUGGACUCCAUUCUUGCUUCCAGACAGAAAGCAGACUGUUCUUUGUUCUAGACUAUGUAAAUGGUGGAGAUCUGAUGUUUCAUAUGCAGAAACAAAGAACACUUCCUGAAGAACAUGCCAGGUUUUACUCUGCAGAAAUUGGUUUAGCAUUCAACUAUCUCCAUCAGAAAGGGAUACUGUACAGAAAUUUGAAACUAGACAAUAUACUACUGGACUCAGAAGGGCACAUUAAACUCACAGACUAUUGCAUAUGUAAGGAAGGCUUAGAACCAGGAGAUAUGACCAGCACUUUCUGUGGCACUCCUAAUUACCUGGCUCCAGAAAUUAUAAGAGGGGAAGAUUAUGGGUUCAGUGUGGACUGGUGGACUCUUGGAAUGCUGAUGUAUGAGAUGAUGAUUGGAGAGUCUCCUUUUCAUCUUGCUGAGAGCUCUGAUAACCCUGGCCAAAAUUCAAACAAUAAUCUCUUGCAAGUUACUUUGGAAAGAAAAAUUCACAUGCCUCAUUAUCUGUCCAUAAAAGCUGCAAGUGUCUUGAAGAGCUUUCUGAACAGGGACCCGAAAGAAAGAUUGGGCUGUCGUCCUCAAAGGGGACUUGCUGAUAUUCAGGAGCAUCCAUUCUUUCAAGAUGUUGACUGGGAGAUGCUGGAGCGAAAGCAGGUGGUGCCUCCCUUUAAACCAAAUAUGUCUGGGGGAUUCAGUCUGGACAACUUUGAUUCUCAGUUUACUGAUGAACCUGUCUGGCUCACCCCAGAUGAUAAUGACAUUGUGAGGGAAAUUGAAGGGUGUGAAUUUGCAGGUUUUGAGUAUGUCAACCAUCUUAUGAUGUAUGAAGAAGAAUGGGUCUAA